CCAUACUGGAACAGAUCGUCUGUAUGACUCUAUUCAGUGGCUACAUGGGCAAUGUGCCCACCUCACGCGCGCAAGAGAUGGGUGAACAAAACAAUAGAUUUACAGACAGCAAGAGUUUGUUUUCUCGGCAGUUGUGACAUGAGGCAAACGUCAUAAAAGUAAAUGGGGAUUCAGUUUUUGCGAUAAUUAUAAAUUAAACCGGGUGCAUUCGGCAAGGACUUUAAAUGCAACACACCCUUGGGCGCGUGGCGGAGGACGUCUGCCAUGCACGAGGCGAGCGCGAGCCAGGAGCAUUUUUAAACAAAUAACUGACAUAUUUCAAUUUUAAAAUAAACGACAAUGGCUAUUGGAACUAGCGUGUGACCGGAUGGAUUUCCAAAACCCUGCUUCGGUGGCAAUGGGGCUGUCACAUGCGGACAGGACCGAGGAUAGAUAACAAGGGCAAUUGAAAAUGACAUUAUUUUCUUUAUACCAUCAGAAAUAAGUGUUCCAAUAAGAGAUAAUACAUAUGAGACCAACGACUGCCGUAACUCCUUACGUCCAAAAACACUUGCAUUUUAAGCGCCCUGAGGUUUCACCAAUUACUGGACACCGUUAUUGAGGGUGAAGAUGCCUUUUCACCAUGUGAGAGCAGGGCUGGUCUACACAGACAACUAUCUGAGCAACUCUCUCUCUGAAACCAGUGAAGAGCAGCUGGCCAACAUCUCAACAGAAGAGCUUGGUGAGAUAAGAGAAGCAUUCCGAGUUCUAGACAGGGAUGGCAAUGGUUUCAUCUCAAAGCAGGAACUGGGUAUGGCCAUGCGCUCUCUGGGGUACAUGCCCAGUGAGGUUGAACUGGCCAUUAUCAUGCAAAGACUGGACAUGGAUGGUGAUGGACAGGUGGACUUUGAUGAAUUCAUGACAAUAUUGGGACCCAAACUCCUUUCUUCUGAAACCAGAGAGGGCUUCCUGGGCAAUACUAUAGACAGCAUAUUCUGGCAGUUUGACAUGCAACAGAUGUCCCUGGAGGAGCUCAAACACGUCCUGUUUCACGCCUUCAGAGACCAUCUCACCAUGAAGGACAUCGAGAACAUUAUCGUCACAGAGGAGGAGAGCUUGAAGGAAAACUCAGGAAACUGCCAGACUGAAUUUCAGGGAGUGCAUUCCAAAAAGAAGAACCGUCAGACGUGUGUCCGCAAGAGCCUCAUCUGUGCUUUCGCAAUGGCCUUCAUCAUUAGCGUCAUGUUAAUCGCUGCCAAUCAGAUGUUGAGAAACGGCAUGGAGUAGCUCCUCCCACUGUGAAUCAUGGGCGAUCUGACCUCUGCUGUUACUGUGCCCUCUUGCAAACAUCAAUAACUGCUAAAGCAACUCCACUUUUUGGUUUUAAAGUGCAGAGGACGAAGCCCGAGAACAAGUUCCCUUUUCUUUUUAAUAUAUCACAGACACUGAUUGUGACUGAUGGAAACAGCAGUGAAGGAUGUCCUCCAUUAACGGUUUGAAAGCAACAUGCAAGGGCUCCACACUGGAUACCAUUUAAUGCAAUAACAUCCUGUUUGUUUUUCUCAUUCUGUCCAUGAGAAACAGACUUGUCUCUGUACUUUAUCUCAACCCAAGCCAUGUCAGAUGGAAUGAUGAGGAGUACAGUGAUUGGCAGCCUGUCCAACCGAGCCACCGAAGGAUGUCUGGCAUCAAGUCUGUGUGGAUGAGAGUGUGUCCAUGCUCAUUUUAAAUGGACUGUCCAUACCUUUCAAUGCAUUACUCAGUUUUUGUCAAAUUUAAAGUGAAGGUUACAUACAUGCAAGUAAGCAUUUUAUAGUUUUCCUCCCCUUAAAAGUGCGAACCCUGGCAUUAUUAAAACACUGCUCUGUUUAUUUGAGCAUCAGGCUUGCUCAUUGUUCGCCGGAUCACAAAUGCAUUAGGGUUGUACAUAAACACAUUUCACAAUCUGCAAAGCAAGUGGGAUGAAUUCAAUUCCACAAGGUUCAAUUUUAUGGUACGCCCAUAUGCAUCAUGGGUAAUCAGGAUUCUGUAAUAUGGAAAUGAGAUGUCUUCAUGUUUUAUUCAUGCAGUGCCCUAUACUCACCCAUUUUACUUGUGUAUGUGUAGAAGAGAGUACUCUUUUCUGGUUUUAAAUACUGUAUGGUUUUGUCAAUGUCUGCACUUACUGUCUGGAUAAAAUGUAGGACAUUGAACUUCUGCGGAAGUGUCUACUACGCUACUUAGUUGGACUUUUUGGUCCAUUUUGAGUUUAUAAUCACUCUCAGGCUCAGAGAGUCAGUGAAUGCAACAUACAUUUCUAUGAAUCCACCAAAAGUAACUGGUCAUUUGUAUCGCUACAAUAAGCUAUUUUUCUUUCUACACUCUUACAAUAACUGUACAAAUGCUGUCACAAGGGCAGUACCCUUUCAAAAAGUAUAAAGAUUGCAUAGUAGAACAGACGACCCUGGGCCGGAUCUGCACCAAAACAGCCGACUUCGGUGCAGAUCUGGUGCGGAUCCGGCCUGGAGUCAUCUGCUGUCUGAACAUAUUGGUACCAAAUCUAUACAUAUCUGUACCUAAAUGGUACAUAUUGUGAUAUUUAUUGUCUCAGUGACAGUUUUUGUACCCUUUUUUAAGAGUAACAAGCCCUGUGUGGAAUAUAUUCGUCUACCUGUUGCUCUAUAUAUUUAUAAAGUUUGUGCUUAUCAGUUCACUUAUCAGUGUGUAUAAAUUGUUUGUCAUAUUCCCUUGUAUACUGCAUGUGUAUUUAUGCAAAUAGUGUCACACUAAAGAAAUGUCUUAGGGUCGUUUGUUUGACUGUCACGUCUGCAUGUUCAGUGCUGUUAGGGUCCGUACUGCUUGCUGACAUUUGCCAGGACCAUUACGUCCAAAAUCUUUGAUCUUCUUUCAUGAGAGCAACUUUAUCCAAAACAUACUAGCAUUUUCUGCCAAAUACACAGGAAAUAAAUGAGAAUUGGGUAUUGGAAACAGUUUACUGGAUAAAGCUUCUAUCAGUUUCCCAUAAUGUCCAAGAGGAGUUGACUGAUGAGUGGUACAUUUUAUUUGGUUCAUCUUGCACUUAAAUCAAUCAAAUCAAUAGCGCCAUCUAGUGGCUUUACGGUAGUAAAGAAUAACAUUAUCUUAAGCAUUGUGAAGUGAAACAACUAGUAAAGAAAAAAAUUACCAUUAGUUAAAAAUUCAAAAGUUGGAAAGUUGGAAAAAGCGUGCAAAUAUAUUCGGCAUUUAAAACAUAAACCUGUUUUGAAAAUCAAGUGUAAAUUCAAUUUAAAUGUAAACUUAAAAAGUGUUACAUUCAUAAACAUGUCAUUGUUACAUGUUACACUUUAUUUAUUUAUUUAUUUAUUUUAAAUAUAGUCUCUGUAAUGAGACAAAUUGUUUAUUCUUUCUAGUAUCGCAAAGAAAUAAUGUUGUGCAGUAGUUAUUCUGUGUAAAUCCCUGCCUGCUGCCAUCUUCUUGUUAAAAUCUACAAACUCCAGUUUUUAAAUGCAUUGCAAUUCAAAAGUUGCACUCUAAUAGGCCUUACAAUUUACUUUAUGGGCAUUUAAAAAACAUAAAUGAAUACAUGUUUUAUUUGUUACUAUAUUUUCUAUUUUGUUAAUUCUAAUAUUUAUUUACAGUAUGGUUUUUAUUACUUAAUUUGUUUUUUUUAUGAAAGUUAAUGGAAUACAUGACUUAAAUUAAUCCUGAUUUGAGGCAUGCCAAAUGAAAUUUUAUAUGUAUGUAUUUUUAUGAAGUAUAUCAAGAGUAGGUUUAUUAAUAUGCAAAACAGUAUACACAUUGCAUGCAGGAUGUGGAUUGACAGAUUACAGCAAUAUGGUUUCUAAACAAAAGUGUAUAACCACAUGUAAAGAAAAUGAAGAAAUAAAUUAUUUAUUG